CGGUGGUGAUGUCACAUGGCCGCGCACUUGUAUUUCGCACCACUAACGGGUCAAGUUCGGCGGGACGGCCGUAAAUGGUUGCAAGUUCGGCGGCCAAAUUUGGGCCGCGGAGGUGAACUCGACGGCAGCGGCGCGUGUAUAAAAACCCGGGACAGACGUGGUCAGGACACAGUACUGUUUCUUUUCGUGUUCAACAACGACAAGUUGAAAAUCCCAACGACACACAACAAGUCUCUGCAGCGGACUCUUCCAAUCAUCACCAUGAAGUUAACGAUCGCAUUAGUCCUGUGUUUGGUUGCCGUUGCCACCGCAGCACCGUACGUGCCCGUCGUACCGGUCAUUCCCGCAGUCGUACACCAUCCGGCUUCCGUUGUACGCUCGUCGACCGUCAUCCAAUCGCACCCGUCGCCCGUGGCCACCCACGUGGUUGCCGUACCCGCCGCCGUCGCUCAUCCGGUUGCCGUCCACCCGGCGGUGUCCGUUCAUCCGGUUGCCAUCCACCCUGUAUUGCCCGUCCACACAGUCGUGCAUUACUGAUGUUCUACUUUGGUUAACGUAAUUUAUUAUUUUGCACACACACAGUAGUGCACAGAUCUUCUUCAUCUAUACUAUUAUUGUCAUACAUUAUGCUAUUUCAAAAAAUUAACCGAAAAAUGUUUUUUUCGAUCAAAAUACAAUUAUAUUGAUAUAAUAUAAUAAUGAUAAUGGUCAUAACAUUGUA